GCAGCACCUCCUGACUUCAGCCGAUGCCUUCGUCGUCCCGCCCCUCCCCCGAAGCGACUCCGCGGCCGCCCGGCGCUGCAGGCCGCUCGCUCCACCCCCCGCAGCCGAGACUGCGGACUUCGUGACCCCGUCCUCCGGCCUGUCGGUGCCGGAGCCGCCCGGGACUGCGCAGCGCCCCGCGUGCCGCCAUGGGAAAGUCUCUUUCUCAUUUGCCUUUGCAUUCAAAUAAAGAAGAUGCUUUAGAUGGAGUGCUGUCCACUGAAAGCAUGAGGAAUGGACUGGUUCAUAACGAAGUCCACAAUGAAGACGGCAGAAAUGGAGAUGUCUCUCAGUUUCCGUAUGUGGAGUUUACAGGAAGAGAUAGCGUCACUUGCCCCACUUGCCAAGGAACAGGAAGAAUCCCUAGGGGACAAGAAAACCAGCUGGUGGCGUUGAUUCCUUAUAGUGACCAGAGAUUGAGACCAAGAAGAACAAAACUGUAUGUGAUGGCUUCUGUGUUUGUCUGUCUGCUCCUUUCUGGACUGGCUGUGUUUUUCCUGUUCCCUCGCUCUAUCGACGUGAAAUAUAUUGGCGUAAAAUCAGCAUAUGUCAGUUAUGAUGUUCAAAAGCGUACAAUAUAUUUAAAUAUCACAAAUACACUAAAUAUAACGAACAAUAACUACUAUUCUGUGGAAGUUGAAAACAUCACCGCUCAAGUUCAGUUUUCAAAAACGGUUAUUGGAAAGGCACGCUUAAACAACAUAACCAAUAUUGGACCACUUGAUAUGAAACAAAUUGAUUAUACAGUACCUACUGUUAUAGCAGAGGAAAUGAGUUAUAUGUAUGAUUUCUGCACGCUGUUAUCCAUCAAAGUGCAUAACAUAGUCCUCAUGAUGCAAGUUACUGUCACAACAACAUACUUCGGCCACUCUGAACAGAUAUCCCAGGAGAGGUACCAGUAUGUUGACUGUGGAAGAAACACAACUUACCAGCUGGGGCAGUCUGAGUAUCUAAAUGUACUUCAGCCACAACAGUGAAAAUGGAAAGAGAUGCAUCCUAUUUCUGAACUCUCAGAGAGGAGGUACUUCCUAAUAGGAGAUCUUAAAUUGAAUAAGCCUAAAAUUUACAAUUACUUUAGGAGUACAGUUCCAAGUAUGUAGGCUUGCAGUUACUGCAACUCUGCACUGUGUGUUUAUGAUAUAUUUGUACCAGGAUCUUUUACUUGGGUCUAAAUUUACUGACUGGUGUUCUCCCCAUCCCCAAAGGGAAGAACUAAGAUUCCCUGUGUUGUACAGUGAAUAAUUAUUUUAAAAUCAUAGUUCUAAUCAAUAGCUCUACUGAAAGCAAUUUUAGUGAUGAACAUUAUUUGAGAAAUUUGAUUUUCUGAAUGUUUUUAUACAGCAUUAUUGAGAGCCUACUAUUUGUGGCCCACUUUUAAAGAGUAGCCUUUUUUCCCUGUUUUAUAAAUAAAUUCCCAUUGUCACAUGGCAUUAUUUUAACUACAUGUAUUUUAGCUUCUAGCUAAAUGUCUUAGCUUUUCAUUUGUUGAAAUUCUACUCAUUUGCAUGUUUUUGUCAGUCUUAUUUCAAGGUAAUGAUUGUAUAACAAAAUAACCUUUGCAAAAUUCUAUACCUAAAAUUUAAAAAAAUACUCUAAAUAAUGUGUUUUUCAUAUCUUUACAUACUACAGUUUUGUGAAAUUACCAUGUGAUUUUCAACAUAGUCACUUAAUGUACAGUACUGUAAAUAGACUGCAUGGCUUUUGUAUAGCUUUAAUAAAUGUCAAAUGAAUGGCACAGAUUCAAAAUUAAAACAAGUUGCUCAUAAAAGUGAAUAAAAUACUAAAAUGAAAUUCAGAAACCUAUAGUGUGAAUAGCUUCCAGUUAUAUCUUGGAUCUGAUAUGAAAUAGAUUUGAAAAAAUAUUUUGAUGCUCCAUUUUUUAGUGUUACCUUUCCUACGAAAGCAUGGUGUAGACACUUUUCACAACUCCUAGGUAUCCGGUCAUCAACUUCUGUGAAUGUUUUAGAGGAAGAAAUUAUUUCUUUGACAGAAAUUAUUCAAGAAAUCCUGUCAUUAAAUGAUAGUGGCUACAUCAAACUAAUACUUUUAAAAAUUUAAUCACUUUGAGUAUCACUUGGAUAUGAUGCCUAUAGCAAUUACUUUUUUUAGUUUUCUACUUUUAUUUUAAUUUUAUUUAAAAUUGUUUUCAAGUGGAAACUUACCUUGCUGUUAUUUAUUUCUACCACUUUCUGUUUCAUCUUUUUUCCUUUUCACUUACCAAGUUCUUAUAAGAACUUGUUAAAUACAUGCCAGUAAGUGUAGGAGCUGAGUAUGACACCAAAAAAUAAAUAAAUAAAUAAGUGUGGUUUGGGGUUCAUUUCAUGCUGUUACCAAAUGACACAAGUCAGGUUUCCCUUCCCCUCACCCCCAAGUGCCUAACAAAAGUCUGAAACACAACCUGUUUUUCAUUCUAAUUCUCGCAGCUAGAAACAAGCCUCAGUGGCUUGUUUAAUUCUGUCUUUAAAUACACUGAGGUCCCCUCCUAGCUUUCAUGUCAUUUCUGCAGGUCUCCUGAGUGAACAUUUUAAAUGGGUGGUAAGUGCUUUUUAUUUAUUUAUUUAUUUUUUGGUUAUGCUUGUUUUCCUUACUCCAUUGCCAACUCAACCAUCUUACUAUUAAGCAGAAAUCACCCCCUUUAAAUGCGUUAUGAACUUCUGGUCAAAUGCAGUCUUUAUUUUCAUUUUUCUUCUGCUAUGUUUCCUGACUCCACCCACUUUCCUGGAAACUGCACACACCUCUAAUAUGUUGAUUCUGCUUGUGUAUUUAAAUCCUUUUCACUUCGUUUUCCCUCAUCCUGACAUGCUUUCUGUGUGUGAUCUAGGGCCCCUUUCACCUCACAAUUCUAGUCCUUCUACUUCAGAAACCAGCGGCAUCCGUGCUGGGGCAUCAAAGUCUGCCUCUCUCCAAAUGACCCGACCAGCCACCCACCUAGUCUCACAUGUAUGACUCUAGUGUAAAAUCACGCGUUAACGAAGUUUCAGCGUAUCCUUUGUGUUUUGUUCCCGCUCUGUCUUCAUGCCCCUUGUGCUUCCGAAUCACCAUUCACUGCUUCAGAAUCAAACAGAUUUUUGUCCUGGGCAGGCAGGAAAGUGGGUGAACAUUUGCUUUUACUGACUCAAUUUUGAAUCUUUUCGUCAGCCUUUAAAUUAAAAACCCUUUUUUUUACAUCCAGUUUUAGUAGAAUUGAGUCAGAAAAAAACUACAAUUAAAAAUAUGUAGAAGAUCAGUAACAGAGAAGAUUGCCUGUGAUUGCUUUCAGAGACAGUGAAGUAACCACCACGAUGAACUUGGAACUAAACUAAACUUGGCUACAAAUUAAUAAAACUAGAAAAAUAGAUUCAGAUGAAGCAAAAGUGUAGCCAUAAAAAAAAAAAAAAUCUGAAAACAAUGCGUGAAGCUUGUAGCUGUUUUUAGGAAAGAGUCCAUCCAGUGUGGUUUUGCACAUGGAAGUAGGAUAGGUAGACAUGCAUUUUCAACGUCAUUCUCAGGCCUUGGUCUCAGAGGACACGGUAAACCGUUCUAGAUGGUAAAGCGAAUAACUGAUACUUCAGGAAUAACUUCCUGCUGAACUACACCUUGGCAGACUGACUGGUCAGCCCAACCAAAUCCAUCCUGUUAACCAGCCCCUGUGUGUUGGCAACUGUGUAUCCACAUCACUGGCAUUUUAGAGUUCUGCCAUGUGCUUUUCUUCCAUGAUUUCCCUCAGUCCUGUGGGGAAAGGGGGUCAUGGGAUCGUUGUCUUCUAGAAGAGGAAGGAGAGCCAGGGAGAAGUUGAGGGGUUUUGCUUACAGACCACAUAUUUCAUCAAGAAUUUAGCUGGGGCCAGACCUAGUUUCUCUGUCUCCCACAUCUGUUCUGUAUCAAGUAUUUGUCAGUCAUGUGACAGCCCUGCCGACAGCUGACUCAGCAGGGAUGAACCGGAGAAGUUCCAUAGUCAUAGUGACAAUCAGAACUGCACUGAUGGACUAGUAUUUUAGUAGCUUAAAGUUGCUCUCAAUUUAAAUGGAAAAUGAACAUUUGUUAACACUUUGGAGCAUACUCUAUAGCUUAACUUUUCUGUUGAAAUUUAGCAUGUCAUUCCUAUAAAGAUAAAACUGAUACGUUGUGAGAGUAAAUUAUUUAUAAAUAAUAGAGAUUGGUGUAUUUGAGAUUUGAAUAAGAAUACUAUGAAAACACCAGAAAUCAGAUAAAUUGCUUGAAAUUCCCACAUGACCAUCUGUACUGUGGUAUGCAAUAUUUAAGUGAAUGUAGUUGUUUUGUUUGUUUGUUUGCAGUUUUUCUGUGCCUUUUUGUUGUAUUAGGCUACUGAGGUAAUAUUUUCUCUAAAAUUCUUGACAAGAAAAUAGAAGUUGCUUCAGAGCUUCAGGUUUUUAGUUUGGAAAUGACAGCACAAUGUUAAAAUAGGAAGGAGGUGACUCUCAAAACACAGUAAAAGUAAACCUUAACCCAGUGAAUCCUUUGGGGUUCUUGGGCUGUUACUGCAGUAUAAUUCUGAAUAUUCCAUUAGAGGGCAAGGCCCUACCUCUCCCUCAUUCUGUUCAUUUGUUUUUUAAAGUUCUUAGAAUAAACAGUUCUUUAUAUAAUAACGAUUUCUUAUUUAAGAAAAUAGUUUCAAUUAAGUACUUUUUAAAAAUGGAAAUUUUUAAAUGUACAAAUGCAUAUCAGUCUUCUUCAUUAGCAAUAUGUUAAAUUUCUUAGUUUCUUAGGUUAUAAGCCAAACAUUACUUGUCAUAAUGUCUUCGGGUAAUAACUUUUAGCUCACAAUGUCAGGAAGCAGUAGCUGCUUGACACAAGUACAUCUAAGAGUAAUUAGUUUUAUUUCUCUAUUUUGUAAAAUCAGCUUUUAAAUGAAAUGUGUAUCUUAAACUUUUAUUUUAAAUCAAUAAUGUUACAUUUGAGAUGGUGGGGUAAAAUGACUGUUAAACAUUAUUUCUUUAAAAAUAUUUUUACAUUAAAACACAUUAUUAUUAUUUGUGAUGUAUAUGGAUUAAAAAUUUAACUCUAUCUUCUCAUUUCAAAUAAACAUUUUCACACUGGAUUUUUGAGAUUUAUCCUUUAUCUGGAUAAAAUAAAGUUAUAUAAAGUUAGGAUAGGGAUAAAAUGUUAAUUUCCAUUUUUAAACUAGUAAUAUUAUUUUUUAAACUAGUAAUGUUAUUAUCUUUGUAAUUCUUUAGCACAGGCUCUAAAUUGAAGGAUAGAAUGUGGUCUGUAUUUGACCCUAAAAAUGUUACAUAAAUUGAUUUAACAAAUAGAUGCCAAGUUUUUCAUAGCUAAAUGUAACUCUUCUCAAGGAAGUUGUUGCCUUCUGUUUAAUUACAUUAAUUGAAAUGUAUUUAAGAGAAAUGUUUUCAGCAUAUUUUAUAUACUAAAAAACAAAAAGGAUUAGUAUUGGGCCAAUGGCCAAAAGGUAAUAUUACUACCAUGUAGACUGUCACAGUUCAAAUUGUCCCACUUCCCCCAGAAUUUUAGAAACUAGAAGUCUGGGAGAUAUUGUAUCAGCUAUAGUUGGGUGAUUCUAAGUGCUGUAAGUACUUUUCCUGUCUAAUUAUUGUGUGAGAUAGAACGAGUGCCAAGUUGCAAAACAUACAGAAUUGCAUUAUAAAAUGGUUAAUAUUAGGCAUAAAAUACCAGCAAGCCAUGCCUUCUGUGUUUUGUCUUAUAUUUUCUUUUAUAACUAAAAAAGAUUUUGAAGAUGAUUUGAAAUGCUUGCUAACUUGACCCCUUGGUCAGACAUUUGAAUCCUGAUAUUACUAGAUUCUAACCCUUGACUCUAAUUGUGGAUUAAAGAGUAAUAAAGAAUCUGAAAGUGUGUGUGGACAUUUACUCUUUGUUUCUGUUAUGAAGAGGACUCCAUUAUGGCACAAUGAUUAACUUGCAGAGUUGAGCAGUUCUGUAAUGGUUAACUAUUAUUGCUGUUCAUGUAACAAAACAUGCUUAUGACAGUAGUAAACGAAUAGAAAUGCCCCCACGAUGCUAUUUUUUUAAUUCAGUUGUAACUGUUACUCUGGUAGUUGUGUAUGACAAAAUAAAAUUUGUCAAAUUUUAGCAUGAAAAAUAAAGUUUGUAUUAGUGAAGUA